GGCUUGGAAUGAUCGGAACGAAGGAAGUGGCGGAGUGGCGACCCUCUCCAGGAGAAAUGGAGUCGGGAGGACCCACCUUCGUCACAGGGGAAAUCGACGUGUUAAACAUUAUCCGAGCUUUGGACAAUCGGAUUCCGCUUCCGAUCGGUCAUCUGCUCUCGAUCUCUGAGCAAGCUAAUGAGCGAAUGCUACCGCACUUCAAGGCGAACCGAAAACGAUUCGCCCUCGCCCGAAUACCGAACGUAAACAAGUUCGAUAUUCGGCAUGGCUUCCAUCACAUUCUCGUGAAGGAGGAGGAUCGGCCAAAGACGGCCUUCGUGUUGUUUGAAGGCACGUGGAAGUGGGCUCGGUGUCCGAUGGGGAUUUGUAACGCGCCUUCCACGUUUCAGCGAGCAAUGAACAUGACAUUCCAGAACUUCGUCAACAAGACGCGGCUAACACAGGGGAUGAUCAACUUCUGCGUGAUCGUGUACAUGGRCGAUAUCCUUGUCUACUCGRAGACCAAUCACGGGCAUGCGCAACACAUSGAGURGACAUUGGGAGCGCUGAGAGACGCUGGGUUCAAGAUCGCGCUCGAGAAGAGGGAUAUCACAAUGAUCCUGUCGGCGAUUCACUCCGACAUCUAUCGGACGUUGCGCGUCUGGGCCGGCGAAGUGCCGGCAGCGUGGAAAGCUCUCCUUGCUCGACGAGGAGAUACCGUCGUGCCGGCGCAUGACACGGACUUCCAGCUCCGCUCGUCUCGAAGGUCGCCAGCGAUCGUGCUUCCAGAGCUUCGCGCCGCCCCAACGAGUCAUCGUCUCGUCUCCUAUUUCGGCCUCCCCUCCAGCAUCCCCACCCUUUGGCAAUCUGCACGGGAUCCUACUCUCUCCUACCGUGUUAAGGAGAACAGUGCGCCGCUAUUGAGCGAGGAGAAGUGGGACACGUGGUGGGAGGACUAUAUCGAGCUCGCUUUCUGUCUAUUGGAGAUAGAGUUCCGCUGGUCAGAAGCGGUCCCGUUCGGACAAGGACCAGAGCACCCAGAGGACAGCGUGGAGCUUUUGAUCAUCCAAGCCUGGAGAACGGCGGAGCAGGGCGAUCUACUGGGAUUCGUAUUCGAGAAGGUGGAGGAGGGCAAUCUCACCUUGAUCACAGACAAGUUGUUGAUGUUUUUGACUCAGCUGGUGGAUGAUCUGCCCCUAGAUAUCUUGUCACGCAGUGACGAGCAGCCCAACACCCACGUGCUGUCUCGAACGCUCGAGCCGCACCUUGUGUGGUCCACGUGUACGGAGAUUGACGACGACAACUGUCUCUAUCCAUCCCAGACGCUUUACUUGGAGAUCGACGUUACCAAUCUCACGUUUUGGGACUCGAUCGCGAGGAGAAACGCGUAGCAGGACGAGGAGAUAGGGGGAGCAGACGAAGAGGAGGAAGAAGAAGAGCCAUCGAGUGAAGAACGG